AAGUAAACGCCAUUAUUGAAAGAAAAACACUCACCCCUCUCUCUCUAGAGCUGUUCAUCUCCCCAACCACAACAAACCAACUUGCUUAGCUUUGCUCUGUCCAGGGCAAGAGUAUCCCUCAAUAAAGCAAUUCCCAUUUUCUUCUUUUACUUUUGUCCUAAAACUCGUUUUACUUGUUAAUUGAUUCUGUCUGAAUAUUAUUAUUAACGGACCAAAAAAAAAACUUGCAGAAGAAUGAAAGAAAAAGCAAUAACCCCCCAAACCAAAUUCUAAAGCCUCAAAUUUGGAAUAUUCCCAUUCUUCUUCCUUCCUUUUUUUUUUUUUUUUUUCCCAUUUCCAUAUUGAUCUUAUGUGAGACUGUGAGAGAGAGACUUCCUCUGUUUCUGUUUUCUUCGCUCUUCCUCGUAACAGUAAAGGGUCUUCCUUUUAAUCUGAAUUUACCAAUCUGAUUCUUCUGUUUUUGUUUUUUAAUUGUCUAUCUUUUAACUAUUUGAAUCUAAACUUUGUUUGGUUCUUCACGAUUUUAAUCCCCGAUGAAUCAAAUUCAUCAAAAGAUUUAUCUUUUAGAUCUGGUUACGUAAUUCGAUUUGCUCUGUUUUUUUGUUUUGAAUUCUUUAUAAAGUAACCAAAUUUGGGGAAGAGGGUAAUAAUGGAUUUGGACGAUUUCCGAUCGGUUAUGGAUAACGCAGGUGUUGAUGUUUGGACAUUUAUCGACACGGCGAUUCUCGUUGCGUCUCUUGACUAUGGUCAAGAGCUCAAGCGUCGGAGAGAUAACAUCGUCGAGCGUCUCUACGCUACGUCCAUGGCUAACAAGUGUAGAAACUGCGAUUUUGGCGGCGGAGGUAGCGUUACGGAGGCGGCGGUUGGUAGGGUUAAUGGGAGGGUUCACGAGGAGACGGAGGAGGAAGAUGAAGAAGCUGCUGCAGCAGCAGCAGCAGCAGAAGAAGUAAGAGAGAAAUCUGUUAAUGUUGAAGACGAUGACGAUUUCGAUCCCUUUGCUGGUUUGUUUGAUGAUGAGCAGAAGAGUAUUCUUGAAAUCAAGGAGAAACUUGAAGAUCCUGAUCUGUCUGAAGAAUCUUUAGUUGAGUUGCUUCAGAAUCUGGAAGAUAUGGACAUAACAUUCCAAGCUCUUCAGGAAACUGAUAUUGGGAGGCAUGUGAAUAGAGUUCGGAAGCAUCCAUCUAACAAUGUUCGAAGAUUAGCUAAACAGCUUGUCAAAAAAUGGAAGGAAACAGUUGACGAAUGGGUCAAAUUUAACCAGCCUGGUGAUCUUGAACCUCCGAGUUUGAUAGCCGAUGAGGAUUCACCGGUGCAGAAAGCUCUCCAUAACGGUAAUCGCCAACAGGUGCCUGAUUUCGGAUAUUCACCGGUUCCUCAGAAUGGGUAUUCCAGUUCAAGCAAGAACAGUAACAUUACCGAGCCAGAGAGAAAACCAAGACCUGUUGCUGCUGCUGCUCCUCCACCUAGGAGAGAAUCUCCUUCUCCGGCUAAACCUUCUCGCCCUUCUCCUUCUCAACAAACCAUUCCGAGGGACAAGGAGCAUAAGGAAGUUGAUUUCGACACAGCCCGGAAAAGGCUACAACAAAACUACAGACAAGCCGAGAAUGCAAAAAAGCAAAGGACUAUACAAGUGAUGGACAUUCAUGAGAUCCCUAAACCUAAGAAAGGUGGAUUUUUCCCAAGAAAAGGCGGUAGUUCUCAAGGUGGUAGACACUGGUAAAUUGAGAAAGAUGAGAGUUAAAUGAAACGAGGAAGAAGAGCCAACAAAAAAAAAAAAAAAAGACAGAGAACAAAGCUCUGUUUCUGA